GUUACUGAAAUGGGAGAGAAGAAGAAAAGGAGGAGGUGGAUAAGGAAGGAGGCGAACAAGGUGAACCAUCCAACGACACACUGUCUGUUCAUACAAGGUUUGCAUUCUGACCUGCAGGCCAAUGUAAGUCGUGUUGAGUGACUGCGUGUGAAAGAGGGACCACUACCAUCCUCAUGUCCAAUGGAGGAGGCUUUUAUGGACGCACUGAGCGUGUCCGCCAGUCGCCGUACUACGACCAGGUGCCACUGGGCUCCUUACCACGAGCAGACUCCUACGAUCCACUUCCACUGAGAGAGCAGAGAGACACUCGCCUCGCUCAGAGCGCCGACCCCCUCCCUCCUCCGCCUCUCCCUGACCACCCCCCCGUGGGCCCAGAGUUAAAUCCCAGCGGCAGUGAGGACAACGGAGACCCGGACGACCCCGCCUUAGAUAUCAAACCCGUCCACCGCUUCAUCCCAGACUCCUGGAAGAACUUCUUCAGAGCAAGUGACCGCAGCAGUAAGCAGGCGUGGUCAAUGCCUGACUCGUCAUGUAACAACAACAACAGCACCAGUGACGGGGUGCGCUGCUCUCCUCCACAGUCCCCGGUCCCUGGGUCCUACCGAGAUCCUUUUGGGGGCUCGGGAGGCAGCUACAACUCACGCAAGGAGCUUCUGGAACUACGGGAUGGCAAUGAGUCCUUGUCGGGGCGCACCCACCGCACAGGUCUGACCUACAGCGAGCGGGUGGAGGAGUACCAUCAGCGCUACGACUACAUGAAGUCCUGGUCAGGGCUGCUGAGGAUUCUGGGAUGUGUGGAGCUCCUGCUGGGGGCCGCUGUGUUCGCCUGCGUCUGCGCUUACAUCCACAAAGACAACGAGUGGUUCAACAUGUUUGGAUACUCGUCUCCUGGAGCAGCGUACGGAGGAGGAGGGUUAUAUGGCGGAGGCACAGGGGGGUCCUACUACUCGGGCCCCAAGACCCCCUUUGUGUUGGUGGUGGCAGGGCUGGCCUGGCUGGUGACUGUGAUCAUGUUGGUGCUGGGGAUGACCAUGUACUACCGCACCAUCCUGCUGGACUCCAACUGGUGGCCUCUGACCGAGUUCACCAUCAACCUGGCGCUGGCUUUGCUUUACAUGACUGCAGCCAUUGUCUAUGUUCGAGACACGACUCGCGGAGGGCUUUGCUCCUUGCCGAUCUUCAACAAUGGCAUCAACGGGGCGUUCUGCAGAACAGAGGCAGGCCAGACGGCAGCCAUUAUCUUCCUGUUUGUCACCCUGGUUGUUUAUCUGAUCGGAGCCAUGGUGUGUCUCAAGCUGUGGAGACAUGAAGCUGCACGCAGAUACCGGGAGAAAUACGGCGAGGAGGAGAUGCGUCCCUCCGACAUAAGAGCUACACACUCAUUGAUGGUUCCAGAUUCAGCUCCCAUUCCCAAAGCUCCAGAGCAGGUGCGAGGCUCCUCAGUGGUUCCCAUCCACGCCGCUCCUAAAGCCAUCCCACCUCACAUUCUGCAGGGAGCUAUACCAUCAGGACACAUCCCAAAACCUGUCAUCGUGCCUGACUACAUCGGUAAGUACCCGACGAUCCGCUCAGAGGAGGAGAAGGACCAGUACCGAGCCGUGUUCAACGACCAGUACGCAGAGUACAAGGAGCUCCACGCGGAGGUGCAGGUCACCGCCAAGAAGUUUGACGAGAUGGACGCCAUGAUGCGCAGUCUGCCCCAGAACCCUUCCACCCAGAUGGAGGUUGAUCGCAUUAACAGAAUCCUUCAGGAUUACCAGAAGAAGAAAAAUGACCCGACUUUCCUCGAGAAGAAGGAGCGCUGCGAGUACCUGAAGAGCAAACUGUCGCACAUCAAACAGAAGAUCCAAGAAUACGAUAAGGUGAUGGAGUGGAACGACGGAUACAGCUAACCCUCUAGCAAAUAUCUGUACCCUGGCACACCUCUGAACACUAAUACAGAACUAAUGCUGACAGCUGGGCUACUGGUGGGGAAAGUGACAUUUGAACUGGAGAGCGAACAUGAGGCAUGUAAAUCUGUACAGCUGUUUCCAUCUAUCAGCAGCUUUGUAUAACUGUGUUCAUUAAGAAGUAGAACCAAAUGUGACAGUUUUAUAUUCAAAGAAAUGUCUUGACAUUUUGGGAAAUAUGUUUGAUCGCUUUCUGGUGUGGAGUUAGAUGAGGAAAUAGAAAUAGCUCUAAUAUUUGUGAGGUAACUAUAAAUACACAUCAAGAAGCCAGAUUAGCAAAAAGCUUGUAAGUAACAAAAAUAAAACAAAGUCAGCCUAUGAACACAAUCAUUUCACUCAUGUACACGUUAUUUCUUAUUCCAGUGUAAAAUGGAGUUAUGGGCGGGACUAUUUUCUUAGAAAUAGAGGCUAAGCACAUAAAUAAAACAGAUAUGGAUGAUAUUUUUACUCAUAAUUUUACAAAUCAGUUAAUUCAAGGCUUUGAAAGUGCUGGCUGGUGGAUUUCGGUUCCUUUGCGCUAAGCUAUCUGUGAUUGGCUAUAGUUUUAUGUUAAAAAGAUAAGACUCCUCUAAGUCUUUGCCUGAAAGCGAAUAAGCAUGUUUGCCAAACAUGUAAAGCUAUUCCUUUUAUUUUAAAUGGUUUGAAUAUGCAAAUAACUGGAUAUGAAUAUACAAGAUAUUUAUGUUUAAUACUGUGACUAUGAUUGUAGCCGAGACACACCACUAUAUGUUAUGACACUGGUAUCCCUAGUUUAAUUAGUGAGAGAUGGAAGAAGCAAGGGAAAGUUAAAAGGAAAGACACUGCAUUAUUUCUCUGCUGUACGUCACAUGAUUAUCUUUCUAUUAGUCCACUUGUUUGCCUGUUUACAUUAAUUUCACAACUUUAAAGCCUGAAAUGAAAACCACUGCUUAUCCGGACAUAUCCCAUCUAGCUGCUUUAUGUAAAGGAUUGUUUUAAUUGCACACUGUUUGUUUUUUUAACGCGUAUCUGUUUUUCUAAAUCUGGAAAUAUCCAUGUCUGAUAGUAUAAUUUAAAAUGUUGUUUGUUCUGUGUGUUGUAAAAUUAUGUUCUACCAUUUCACUGAUUAAACAUUUUGUACUUUAUAGCCACGUAGCUCCCUGAAUAUCUUCAUUUUAUCCUCUUUAUUCUGUACACAUGUGACCUCUUGAUUCAGUGGGAAUAUUAUCAUAGGGUCUGUGUUUGCCUAAUGUUUUUAAGAGAAUUUGUAAAUAUGUUGCUGUAAAUGUCCAUAUUCUUUCAUAAUUUAAAGUGAUCAUUUGGUGCUUUUUGUUGCAAGAAUACAAUUUUGCUUCUCUA